GAUACUGGCCUGGGCUGUAGUACUAAAUCUCCCUACCUAGAUAUCCUCAAUUAUAUCGGCCUCCAAUACAAUGAAAACACGCUAAUAGGUAUAUCCGACGAAGUAAUGUACGCUAUCGGCCUAAGUAGUAAGAUCCGCUAUCUGGAAGGGGAAUGGUUAACCCUGGAAGCUGCGCUCUAG